AUGCUCAAACUCACCAUUCCGAUCAUCCUCCUCCUCACCCUCCUCCUCCCCCCUCUCCCAGCCACCGCAACCCCCGCCUCUCCCCAACCUCAGCUGACCACACGCGACUCCUCCUCCGUUCUCGCCGCCGUAACCACCAUCUCCACGCAACUCACCACCCUCAACACGACAGUAAGCGCCUACCCCGGCGGCCUGGAGGGGUCGCUCAGCGCGCUGCACAUCCAAGCCGAGACGAUCCAGCUGGAAGUCGACCUGAAGGCGGCGGUCGUGGCCGCCAAGCGGUCGGCCAAUUUCUCCGACGCGGAGUCCCUGAGCGUGGCGCAGGCGUUCGUCGCGCUCGAGCCCACCAUCGCCUCCACGCUCGCCAACCUGGUCGCCAAGAAGUCCGAGUUCGAUGACGGGCUGCUGGGCGUCGCAUCGCUGAGCUUUCUGGUGGAGUGGGAUCUCGAGCAGCUGAGCUUCCUGUCGAGUCAGUUGGGCAAGGCCGUGCAGGAGAAGCUGUCGGCGACGUAUGCGGCGUUGGCGCCGUUGGUGUUGGACCAGAUUGCCGCGGCGUUUGCGGGUGCGAUUCAGGCGUAUCAGUAG